GCCAGUGUCCGAAUUCGUCCUCCACUCGCUUCAACAUCCUGUCGCAGCAUCAUCUCUCCUUUGUCCAUCAUGUAUAGAUCAAACCUCUUGUUGAGCCGACCUAUUGCGAUUGAUGUCGCGAAUUUGGUGGCCAAACGUGUGACCAAGCAGGCCACCCCCUUUAAUCUGGCAAACACUUGAUGUCCGUGCCUGUGAGAACAACUUGACAAUUGGGUAUUCCGCCUCAUAUGUUGUGCCUCAGUGAGCACCCAGGCUUGCGGUAAGUCAGGUAGUGAUGUCUUUAAGCUGACCUUACACUGUGAAACCAUUGCCAUCUGUCAGACUGGAGUUGAUGGUCAGCGGCCUACAUAUAUAUAACUUCUUGAGGACUCAUGAUGGAAGAGCAUCCUCCUCUAUUCCAGCAUCUGAAGACAUCACUCUGUGAGCUGAAAGCUAUCAUGGUAAUGCAUGGAAACGAACGCCUGGGAGCUCGCAAACCAUGGGGUCCUAGGCGUAUCUCUAUCCAAACCAUGUCACGGGCCUCCAUCUGUGGCGAAACGCACUGUCUCAGCCCAGGCCCUAUCUGGUUUCCAGAAAAAUGAGGAUGCCUGUUCAAAAAAAAAAUUGGGUCUGGUGAAGUACCUUGGAUGCCCUCGACGUUGAUGGUUACCAUGUUGUGUUGGCAGACACCAAGACAAACCACUGGCCGGCUCAGUAUCCUCCUGCACUCAGGUGUCUGACAUCUGCCUCAACUUUUGAGCUGUUGCAGUCAUGCUGUUGGUCCAUAACAUCCAGGAAUUACAAAAGGCAUCAGCAAUACCAGUGAUCUGGCCUUCACUGCUGGUUACAGAGAGGUUGUGUGAAGACCCAACAACAGCUCUGGAUAUGGUUGGUCGUUUAGACAAGGAAGUCUUAACGCAGGCCAGAUGAGACCUAGUGCGCGAAAGAUUCAAUUGCACUAUCACCUGAAAGGACAAUAGGACGUGUCAUCGCAGGUAUUCGGCCAAUACUAUAUCUUCUCUGUGCACAUGAUGGCCUAUUGUCACUAACGCGUGUCGAGUCGACCGUUUUUGGCUGCGACUGCGCAUAUUCACACGUUGAUAAAUCAGUUUCUUUCCUCUUCUCUUUAACUUCCAGCAACAUCAUCCUUCCAUCCUUUCCCUUGUUGUUCGAUCAUCGAUCUCCACACGCUCCAGACAACGCCCUACGACUGCGAUCUGAGAUCACAAGGCCGGCAAACCGAUCGCCAGCUGUGAACAAGCUUAGAUAUUCAGAGAUGGCUACCAUGGCCAGAAGUAUCUCAAAUCACGAGGAGCCGGAUGGAAACACCGAAUCGUCUUCCUCUUCUUCGUUUCAGUCCGUCAGCGAUGGCAAACCCUAUAUUGCCCCUCCCGAGCCUCAUCUUCUGGGACUUCCAUGGGAAGUUCGUGUUCAAAUCUACAUAUUCAUUAUGGACAGUCAUGCUGAAGCCGAAGAAUCACUUGCAGCCCAUGGCGUCAACGGGCUCGAGAAUCUACGUCUUGUCUGCCGCAUGUUGAACCAGGAAGCGCGAUUCCAAAGUAUCCUUAGCAUCGUCAAGGUACCCGAGAACAAUCUGGACCCAUUUUUGGACGCUGCACUUACUGGCCCUUAUCGUUACGAUCGCAUGAAGAGUCUGACUAUCGAAAUCCCGCACCAAACCCCUGCACAAUUCUUCAAACUACUAGCAUAUGAUCUCAGAAGCAGAACAGGGAUGCUGGAAGAAUUGAAAAUCUUUGGCGUGGGUCUAGACAACUGUUGGCAAGAGACCAGCUCUGUCGGACACCCUUGCGGCAAGGUCAUCAAGCAUCGGCACAUCACUACAUCCGAAGAACCACCACUUACUAUUGACGGUCAGAUAUUCCAUGGUCGUGCCAGACUGCUACACGUUCUGCAGCACCUCAGAAUGCUCAAAGUGUUGGUUCUUGACAAUCUCAAUAUGCCGGUACUUCCAUUACAUGUGCUGAAGAACAAGCCGCCUCUACGACGCCUGCGGAUUGGUACAGAUCCGCGAGCCAUCCGCCACGCUGGCUAUAUCCGGCAAAGUGAAGAGCUUCGGAUGGGCGAUCUCCUCUUCGCUGUCCCUGAAGAAGCGCCUCCGCUUAAAGAGUUGGAUAUUUCUUCCAAUGGCAUCGUUUCAGCAAUGAGCGUCAUAGGACGAGUGCUACCAACCCUUGAAGUCCUUAACUGGACCAUCCCCGACCCCAGCUCCCAGCAUGGUGCGAACGACCUGCGUGAGAGCGCUGUUCUCCUCUCCGAGUUUCGAAAUGCGCAGUGCAUGCGUAUUUUGAGGAUUUGCUUCCAUGCUCCUUUCUUUAAUGGACACAACGACCAGACCAAUGUCAUGGUCGCGCUUCGAGAGGCUCUUCAACUCAUGCCUUCUCUCAAGAUCGUCGAAGUGCAUAUUCGCUCCCAUGCACCCUGGCAUGGGCAGGAUUUCCUUUUCGCUCUUCCAGAUUGGAUCGAGAAACUUUUCCUUUCUGAUCGCUUCUUCCGCAAUAUCCAAGAAGUCAUCAGUGUCGUUGGUGAGAUUACUCAGACCUCAACGGAGGACUUCCUGCCCUGCGAACCUUCCGGCAUUGAGCCUUUCGACAUUAAUGACGAACUGAGUCGAGGUGAUUUCAUUCCCAUCACAAAGAAGUUGAAGUUCGUCGAAUUUGAGUUCUACGACCAAGAGGGCAAGGACUUCGAAAUCCACAUACGGCUAUUCAUGAAACUCAAUGGCCAACUGCUCGAUAAAGACCGCAAUAGACAUCUGGCCGUGUUGAAUGGAUCACACAUUAAAUGCAAGGCAGCUACAAAUACCCCCAAGAAGGACGGGCUGGGCUUCAUCCUGACCAAUGGUGGAUGGAAUGUGCCAACACCAGAUGAAGUGGUCAGAAUCAGAGAAACGCAGAUGGAGUUGGAGAAGUGUGGUCUUCUCGACAAUGCUUAUUUUGGUGAGGAGAUUGAAGCACAGCUGGUUUUCCUUGCGGAGCCUGUUGCUAAGGCAUCGGAGCGUGCUUACUACUCUUUGCCCGCAAUCGAAGAUGUGACCGACCCCUUGAGUGCCGAAGGCCACUGGCUAAGCUGUCACGAGCAUUAGGCCAGGGUUGCUUCGCUUCAGAAAACAGGUGGUCCACCCAUGAGGGUACAAACGGUGCAUGUUCUAAGAACAUCGAAGUGUACGACAUAUUGAGAGAACGGGCAUUCCGGGCUUUUGCUUGGCCAUAGUGAGAAGGGUGCAGGCAGAGAAAGCAGAAAAGGCGCCUCUGAAUAUCAUGCUUUCAAGAGUGGCUUGCAAAGGGUGUCCGGCAUUCCCGUUGAUGCAAAGGAUUGAGAGGCCAUACCAAUCGUGCCUCAAGUAUGUAGAAUUAUUUCUCCAGACAGAACAAGCAAUGAAACCAGAAUUGAAAUGGCCCAAA